CUGCCCGCCCGCCGGAGGCGGAGCCGCGCAGGACUCGGAGCCGCCACCGCUGCCGGAGCAGCCGCAGCCUGCCCGGGGCCAUGGAGGAGUUUCACCCCCACAACGACGAGAUGAUCUUCAAUGCUGAUGAGGCCCACAACAUAGUUAAGGAGUGCAUAGAAAGUGUUUUAGGCAAGGCAGAUUAUAAUCACAACAAAGUCAACCAGUGGACUGCUGCUAUAGUGGAACAGUCGCUGACACAUCUGGUGAAACUGGGGAAAACAUACAAGUACAUAGUUACCUGUGCAGUGAUGCAGAGGAGUGGAGCUGGUCUUCACACAGCAAGCUCAUGCUUCUGGGAUACCACAACUGAUGGAACCUGCACAGUGAGAUGGGAGAACCGGACAAUGAACUGCAUUGUCAACGUGUUUGCUGUUGCUAUUAUCCUGUAGCUGACUGGAAGAUAAAGAUAAGCAACACCGAAGCCUUUAAAAAAAAAACAAUUAUCCAAACAUAUGGCUAAAUGUUUCAAACUAUUAUUUAUUUCUGUAUGAGGAGCAUACAGAAAUUCUCUACAGAGAGCAUACAGUCUAAGCCAGUUCUCAUAGAUUAAUUAUCUGAAAGCUAGCAAAAAAAUUUAAUUUAUAUAUAUAUGUAUGUAUCUAUCUAUCUAAAGAGAAAGUUUUAGUAAUUUAAAUAUUUAGAAGUAUGUUAAUGAGAAGAUGCCACAAAGAUUAAUACAAUUUAUGUCAAAGCUAAUAUCAAAGAUACUUUAUUCAAAAAGAAAAAAACAUAUCAAAUCAAAGGAAAUGUCAAAGGGCAAGCAAGACCUCUCAGGAUCAUGGUGCAUUUGGGACAAAUUACAAACACAAUUCAGAGUGGAUAUGUUAUAAACAAUACCGGUUCUUCAUGUUUGAUUAAACAAAGCUGACUUUCACUUUGGAUGCUGGUGCCUGUGAAAUUGCAUGAGCAUCAUGUUUUGGUCAAGCAUGAACAUUUACAUUGGCAUUAAAUCCAGUUAAGCUUUUCCCCCUGGAGGCAGAGGAGGACUUUGCUGGGUGAAAUGUAUCUAGUCCUAGCAGAGUUCUAAUUUGUCUUCAAAUGAAGAGCAUAGUAUUUGUUAGCAAUUCAGGGAAACAUGCUGGGGAUCUGACACCAGCCCUCAAUUCAUCGCUUAUGAAUCCAAAAACAUUCUGAAGGUACCUAAAUUUGAUUUUAUUCCAUGACUGUGGAAUUUGUGACAAGCACUUUAUUGAUUCCUCAUGCAGUAGCCAGGGGCUAGGGCAGUAAGACUGGACCCACAUCACUCCAAGUAGGGUAAAAAUGUUUGGUGAGAAGGCACACACAUUUCUAGAGGCUCUUGUUAGCUUUGAAAGCAAUCAUGAGUAACUUAUCUGUUGUUUAUAAGAGUGUUUCCUACAUUCCCUAAGUCUAGAAUUAGAUCUUAGUCCCAUGAAAUAAUACUGUUAAAUUUUGAGCACUAAGAGUUCCCCUCCUUUAAAGAUUUAUGCAAGUUCUUAUCUUUGCUCAUCUGAUGAGUCUUAACUUGAAAUAUUCCACGUGGAAGAAAAACAUUUGCACACACGGAUGUAUUUGCCGGAUUGGGGCCUACAUUUUCGUUCAUUAAUGCACAAAUUAUAUGAUAAAGAGAUGUAUUGAUACCAAAAAUGCCUAAAUGAGUGCUGCCACUAAGUGGCAGCUACGUUAAGUUGUUUUCUCAGAUGCUGCUUAUGAACAGAAUUUUUUCUUUAUAACUGUAUGUCUUUGGAAGAGACUGGUAACCACCUAACAGCUGCUGUAAGGCUGUUUUGGAUUUCCAGAAAUGAAUAUUAAAGCACUACUACACAGU